AUGGCUGAGAGACCCCUACUGACUCCAGAUACUGAUGGCGAAUCUGUAGAUCAAACUCACUACAGAUCGAUGAUCGGUUUGUUGAUGUAUCUAACUGCAAGCCAUCCAGAUAUCAUGUUUGCAGUUUGUCAAUGCGCUCGCUAUCAGGACAGUAAUUAUGGAGGCUGUAAGCUUGAUAGAAAAUCUACAUCAGGAGGAUAUCAAUUCCUUGGUGAUAGGUUGGUGUCUUGGCAGUGCAACAAAAAGCACACGGUCUCAACCUCAGCAGCAGAAGCGGAAUAUGUUGUUGCCUCUGCUUAUUGCUCUCAAGUUAUAUGGAUCCAACAUCAGCUGUUGGAUUACGGUUUGAAUUAUUUAGAAACCCAUAUCCUGUGUGAUAAUGAGGCUGCCAUUAACAUGAAAAUGCAUUUCAUUAACAUUAACAUGAAAAUGAAAAUGCAUUUCAGCACUCGAAAACCCAGUCCAGCACUCGAAAACCAAGCACAUUAA